GGGCCGUGGUCAGACCGAAGUGAUUCCGAUUCUGACUGGCCGAAGGUGACCCUGUUUGGGCCGAUGCGACCCGGGAUGAAGGAGGCCGAAGAGGGGAGCUGUUGGCCGAGGUGGGAGCUAUUGGCCGAGGACUGCUGCACACAGGACCGAGGUGGGAGCUAUUGGCCGAGGUGGGAGCUAUUGGCCGAGGUGGGAGCUGUUGGCCGAGGACUGCUGCACACAGGACCGAGGUGGGAGCUAUUGGCCGAGGUGGGAACUGUUGGCCGAGGUGGGAGCUGUUCUCCCCCUGUUGCUCAGGUUUACCCGAGGGGAUCCAGGGGGUACCCCCACCUGGACGAGGGACGAUACGUGACCUCUGGCCUGGCCGAAGCUUGCCUCCUUUUGGUCGUUGUUAAGUCCUGGCCGAGGUGGAACGCGACUGUAGUAUCCUUCUUUCUUUC